UUCGAUGGAGAAGAGAAGCGAUGGAGAAUUAUCACAUGAUGAUCAUGACAAAUAUGUUCAGGGAGAGAUGGGGAGUAGUGACAUGUGUGAAAUUUUGGAGGAGUUAGUGAAAGUGGACGAUGAAAGAGUGAUGAUCUGUGAAAUAGAGGAAUUGAGGGAGGAGGAAUUAAGGGAUUCUCAUAUUGAGUUUGAUGGGGCCGGGCUGCAGGGAGUGGGAGAUACAGUUUGUGUGGUGAUCAACGGUGAUGAUGACCAUGGCAGCAGCAGCAGCACUAUUAGCAUGGAUGCUCUGCUUUGGACGCUGACCAAUGGAAAUGGCCAUGGCACCGGCUCUUCUCUCUUUCUGGUUCACGUCUACCCCCCGCUCCGUUUCAUCCCCACUGCCUUGGGAAAGCUUCCCAUAAACCAAGCCAAUGAACAACAGAGGAACAUUCACUUGGCUAAACAGAGGACCAAAAGACUUCAAUGCCUCCAACCAUUCCUCGACUUGUGUUCUACUUCACAGGUAACAGCUGACGUGAUCCCCAUAGAAGGAGAUAAGGAGGCAAACGCCAUUCUGGAACUCAUCUCUGCUUUUCAAAUAAGGACCCUUGUAUUGGGCAUUCCCCCGAGACCCAGACCCAGAUCAUCAUCAUCAAAUAUAAUAAUUACUACUACUACAAAGAAAGAAGGGAGGCAAGGAAUUAGUGGAGUAGCCGGCCGCAUACUUGAGGAUGCACCUGAGUUUUGUGAGGUUAAGAUAAUCUGUCAAGGUAAACAAUUACUAGUAACUAGACAUGAUACUGCUCCUUCUCCUUCCUCCUCCUCCUCCGCCUCUUCUCCAACUGCAAGCAGCAACAACAUUAAUAAUCGCAGUCCCCUGCAUCCUCAACAACAACAACAACCACCACCACAAACUCAUGCACUAGGUGCUUACUGCAAAUGCUUCAAACCCAGGACCAUCUCCUGA